AGAUCAUCGCUGUAAAGAGGCCUAUUAACUCUACAGCUUUACGCCUUUCUAUUGAGAAAUGAAUGACUAAUUGGUUAAUGUACUAGAUUGUAACGAGGUCCCCUCGCGUCUGCCGAAAGCUCACAGCGCUUGUGUCUUCUUACUUGAUGGGAAUUAUGUGAUGUGCUCUGAUGUGAAAACAUGGUAAAGGCCAGUCUGUCCAUCUGGGGAUGGGGGGGUCUGGGAGUCGUCCUCUUCCUCAUCACAUUUGGACCUUUUGCCAUCUUUUAUCUGGCCUUCUACAUCCUCUGUUUCAUUGGCGGGGGUUUUGUAGUGCUUCUUUUAUUUGGAAAGAUAAACUCAGAGAAACACCUGGAAAGGUGUGAACACUCCUACCUGCCAUCGACACAGACGGCCAUACUGAAGGUUUUGGAGGAGAUUAAAUCAGAGUCCAGACCUAUAAAGAUUGAUCGACGUCUGACAGGAUCCAGUAUCAUAGAUGAGCCACUGCAGCAGGUCAUCCAGUUUGCUUUGAGGGACUAUAUCCAGUAUUGGUAUUACACAUUGAGUGAUGAUGAAACGUUCCUCUUGGAGAUCCGUCAGACGGUCCAGAACGCCCUCGUUGAGUUCUCCACCAGGUCUAAAGAGGUGGACUGGCAGCCAUAUUUCACCACCAGACUGGUGGAUGAUUUCGCGACUCAUCUGCGUGUUUUCAGGAAAGCUCAGGAGAGGCUAAAUGAGAGAGAAGAUCCGAAACAACGUGACGCUCCGGAAGAGUUGUUGGACUCGUUUUUUGAGGCGGAGGUGGAAAUGGAGAGGAAGAUUUGUAGAGAUGUUGUCUGCAUGUCACGCAAGGAUGAAGAAGGUUACCUGCGGGAUCUAUGUGAAGUGCUGCUGUACCUGUUACUACCUCCUGGAGAUUUCCACAACAAGAAUAUGAGAUACUUCCUCAGGGAAGUUUUGGCCAGAGGAGUUCUGCUGCCCUUAAUUAACCAGCUGAGUGACCCUGAUUACAUCAAUCAGUUCGUCAUCUGGAUGAUUCAUGACUCAAGCUGUAACUACGAAGCCUUCUUGAACAUCUUAAAGCUGACAGACAAAGCGGCCGAGCUGGAGGCCGUCAAAGACAAAGUCCUGGAGGAGCUUCAGUACCUCCGAUCUCUGGACACGGGAGGAGACGAUAUCAACUUUAUAAAGAAUCAAAUCAACAGUUUGCUCUUUGUGAAGAAAGUCUGUGAAACACGGAUACAACGGCUACAAUCAGGGAAGGAAGUUGACGCUUUGAAACUCGCUGCUAAUUUUGGGAAGUUGUGUGUGAUUCCGUUGGAACAUAUAAUAGUGCACAACAUCGCGCUGCAGUUCUUCAUGGACUACAUGCAGCACAUGGGCGGUCAGGCGAUCCUGUUCUUCUGGCUGACGGUGGAGGGCUAUCGGGUCACGGCCCAGCAGCAGCUGGAGGUCUUACAGAGCAGCCAGAGAGAUGGGAAGAGGCAGAGCAGCCAGACCACCAAAGGCCUACUGAGAUCCGCCGCGCUCGGCGUCUAUGACCAGUACCUGUCCGAGAAGGCCUCUCCUAGGGUGGAGGUGGACAAAGCGGCUGUAACCAGACUGGCUCAAAAACUCAAUAAAGAGGAUCCCACACCAGAAAUAUUUGAUGAAAUCCAGAAAAAGGUGUAUGACAUGAUGUUGCGGGAUGAGAGGUUUUACCCGUCGUUUAAGCAGCACCCGCUGUAUGUGCGGAUGCUGGCCGAGCUGGACAUGCUGAAAGAGCCCAGUUACAGGGGUUCAGACGACGGGGACGGAGAGUCAUUCAACGGGUCUCCAACAGGAAGCAUUAAUUUAUCAUUAGAUGAUCUCAGCAGUGGGAGCGUGGAUGAGUCUGUUCAGCUUCAUGCCUUUAUCUCUGAUACGGGCGCGUGUAACGAUCACGGGAAGACGUACGCCCUCUAUACCCUCACCAUCGUACGCAAGACCUCCGACGGCAGCGAGUACAUCUGGAAGACGUACCGCCGCUACAGCGAUUUCCACGACUUCCACAUGCGCAUCACAGAGCAGUUUGAGAGCCUUGGUCCGAUUCUCAAGCUUCCUGGCAAAAAGACCUUUAACAACAUGGACAGGGAGUUUUUGGAGAAGAGGAAGAAGGACCUGAACGCUUAUUUGCAGCUGCUGCUGAAUCCUGAGAUGGUGAAGGCCUGUCCCAUGCUGAUCCCCUACGUCUAUGACUUCUUGGAGAACAAAGCCUACAGCAAGGGCAAAGGAGACUUCGCACGCAAGAUGGACACGUUUGUGAAUCCUCUCCGGAGCUCCAUGCGGAACGUGUCCAAUGCCGUGAAGUCACUGCCGGACAGCCUGGCCGAGGGAGUGUCCAAAGUCUCGGCGGACAUGGGCCGCAUGUCCGAGAAACUUGGCCAGGAUAUUAAACAGUCCAUAUUUAAGGUGCCUCCUUUAAUUGCAAAGUCUGACAUCGAUCCCGAACACUGCCGCGUCUCGGCCCAGCUGGACGACAAUGUGGAUGAUAAUAUUCCACUGAGGGUGAUGUUGCUGUUGAUGGACGAGGUGUUUGAUCUGAAGGAGAGAAAUCAGUGGCUGCGCAGAAACAUCAAAAACCUCCUACAGCAGCUCAUCAAAGCCACGUCUGGAGACACCAUUAACAGGUGCGACAGACACACGCACAUUAUGACUUGCAUACGGUUGCAUUUCUGCUGUCUGUUCAACGGUGAACAUUUGUUUUCGCUUCACUGCAGGAAAAUCGUAGAUCACGUCGACUACAUGACCUCGCCUGAGCAAGUGUCUGAUUACGUGAAGAGAUUCAGAGACUCUUACUGGCCAAACGGGAUUCUGGCCGAGACGCCGCCCCGCAGAGACAAAAGCUUACGCAUGAGGACACGAGUCGCCGCCAAGACCACACUCCUGGGCACCAUGCCAGAUGAGUUGAAGCACAUCAUCGGGGCGGAAACCACACGCAAGGGCAUCCUACGCGUCUUUGACAUGUUCCAGCACCAACCGCUGAACCGCCGGCUGGCCUGCGUCUUUCUGGAGGGCUUCCUGGAGACCUUGUUCCCUCAGUACAAGUUCCCCGAGCUGUUCGUGAAGCUCUACUCGCGCUCGCCGCGCGUGCUCAGAUAUUCACAGAAAUUGCGCAGCUUGCACAAGAGGUGACAGACGGACGCUUCUCCCGCCGACGCAGAGGGGGGCGGGGGACCAGCGGCAAACGCUCAAACACACACCUCCCUCUUAGUGCCUCGUGGCUGUUCUCGCUUCAAGCACUGUAUUGACACGGCCGUAGCAUAAAGGAGUCAUUUUAUCAUCGUGAAGCCUUCGGCACCUCGCUCACGUCUGAACCACUACGAAAGACUGCAGCGCCCGAGCACUGAGCCAUCGCUCUUUCCGUUUGCCGUGCAUUUCUGAUCUGAUGUUUUGAAUGACACUGUGUAGAUAUAUACGAUUUGUGGGGUUUUUGUAUUUGGCAUUGGUCGCCUCAUCGUCAAUACUGUAUGGUGAAGGAAAUCCGACCGAAGCAACCUAUGCACCUUAACACUCAUUACAAGCAGAACCAUAUGAUGAGGGUCGGCAGUGAUGUAUUAUGAUCAUUUUGUGGCACUGAAACUGAAAUAGGCGUAACGUUAUCCUUCUCAGCCUUUUGCUUACAUGUAAUACUUGAGCUAAUCUAAAAUGACUUAAAGGAAUAGUUAAGGCAAAAAUGAAAAUUUGUUGACAAUUUACUCACCCUCAGGCUAUC